UAGAGCCGAUCUACUACCAGCACCGUGUUUGUUGUCUGAGCUGGAAGCCGGUUGUGUGGUGUCUCCGUGUCUCAGCUAAAUCUUUCAGCUGUUGAAGUAACAAUGUCUUCAGCUGAUAGUUUGAGAGAGUUGAUCAUCCAAAGACUAACAGCUGCAGCCGAGGAAAUAGUCGGACUCUUUGAAAGAACUGUCGUCCAGUACGAGGAAAACAUCGAUCGUCAGCGCAGACUGCUGGAUAUCACCGGGAAACCCGAGAUAAAGUUACACAAAAUAGACCCUCCACAGCAACAUGUCUGCACAAAGAAGGAGGUUCUCACUCAGCAGCAACUCAGUAACAAGGAGAUGAACUCCAGUCUGGACCAGGGGGACCCUCCACAGAUUAAAGAGGAACAGGAGGAACCAGACCCCCCACAGAUUAAAGAGGAACAGGAGGAACCAGAACCUCCACAGAUUAAAGAAGAACAGGAUGAACCCCGCAGCAGUCAGCAGGGAGACUAUCUUGUUCUUGUUCUGGAAACCGAUUCCUUUAUGGAGACUCCUGCUAAUGAGGAAACUGAGCAUAGUGAAUCAAAACCAAACAGUGACCAGCUCCUCUCUUACAAUUCUCCUGUAGCUAAGAGCCGACAUCAGGAAGGAAACAAGCAAGUAGACUCAGGAUCAAGUAGAAGUGCAGAGCCGAGUCCAAAGAAGAGAUGUCACAGAGACACAAGUCACAGGAACAAUAUAGACAACUCUCCCACGUCAGAGAAUCAGUGUGAUACUGACACAGGUAGAAAGUCUUUAACAAGUGAUAUCUGUGGAAACGGUUUCAGGCUACAGUGCAAUAUGAAGACACAUUACAGAAGCCACACAAGGGAGAAACCUUAUGGUUGUACAACAUGUGGAAAUAGUUUCAGUGCCAGGGGUAAUUUCAAUGACCACAUGAGGAUUCACACAGGUGAGAGGCCGUAUUCUUGUGAAACUUGUGGUAAAAGUUUCGAUAGAAGCUCUUAUUUAGCUGGACACAUAAGGACUCACACAGGUGAGAAGCCCUUCCCUUGCAAAAUGUGCGAUAAAACCUUCAGAACUAGAUCUGACUUAACUAUCCACAUGAGGAUUCACACAGGUGAGAAGCCGUAUUCUUGUGAAACGUGUGGUAAAACCUUCAGGCAAAAAGGUCAAUUAAUUGUCCACAUGAGGUUUCAUGCAGGUGAGAAGCCGUAUUCUUGCGACACGUGUGGUAAAGCCUUCAGUCAAAGAUCUCAUGCAGUGGACCACAUGAGGAUUCACUCAGGUGAAAAGCCGUAUCCUUGUGAAACUUGUGGUAAAACCUUCAAAGCGAGCUCUGAAUUAAAGGUUCACAUGAGGACUCACUCAGAUGUGAGGCCAUAUUCUUGUGAAAUGUGUGGUAAAACCUUCAAAGUAAGAUCUAAAUUAACUAUCCACACCAGGAUUCACACAGGUGUGAAGCCGCAUUCUUGUGAAAUGUGUGGGAAAACCUUUAGGGAAAGAUCUAAAUUAAAUCUCCACAUGAGGACUCACACAGGCGAGGGGUCGUCCUCGUGAAAGAAAAAACAAAUCCAUACAUUUCUAGACUGAAAUGCUCGGAUCCUAUCGAAUAUCAGAAAUUCUGAUAUCGAAGAAAGUAAAUCUUAGCAUCUGUGAACCGAUAGUCAUUUGGCAUAUGAGUGUAAAGAAAGUCACUGACGAUUGGCUUUUAAAUGUUGUAUUGGUUUGUUGUUUCAGAACGAUUGCGGCAAAAAAUAUGUUUGUGUUAAUUUUGAUCCUUCAUUUGUAUCACCAGUAAAUGGAAAAUAAACACUUUGUGCUGUAAUGCCAA